AUGGCCGCAUUUCGUGAACUGCGCCCCUCUUCCGACCACGUUCACCCCGAAGAGGCCCAACCCUCGUCAGCGGCCAGCAGUGAGGCUGGCGGCACCAAUGACCCGCACUCGGCCAAUCCCACCAGGGUGAGGAAGCGCAGGGCCCCAACCCACGUGUCUCAGAACGCGUGUACCAACUGCAAAAGAGCCAGAGCAAAGUGCGAUGGACAAGAGCCGGAGUCAUGCAGCAGGUGUCGGACGCGUGAGAUGGGUGACCAAUGCCAUUAUGAGGUGCACGUCAAGACGGCCAAGGAGGAGAUGGUCCGUAGGAUCAAGAGCCUCGAGCAGCAGAAUGCGGAACUCCUGGGUUCGGUCAAAGAGAGAGACGACCAGAUCGAGGCCAUUUUCGAGGCAUUGAGAGCUGACGAGCGCGGCUCUGAGGUCAUCGCACGGCUGCGAGCCGGGCAGUCCUACCAGGAGUUCGUUGCCUGGCUUGGUGGUCCUUCUGUAGGCGACGAUGGACGGUCGUCACCGGGUUCCGAAACCAGCAUGCCGGAUGUCGCACAGGAUUACGACGAAGCGACGCGGAUGCAUGUCGGUUCGCGGUCGCCAGAUGGCGACUCCCGCUCGCGAUGGACUUUUUCCAGCCCCCAACUGACGGAUCAUCUCAUCGCAUUGUUCUUCACAUGGGUGCACCCCAUCCACAUGCUGUUCAGCGAAUACCACUUCAUGAAAAGUUUUAGUGACGGCGACCGUAACUAUUGCUCACCGGCUAUGGUCAACAUGAUGUGCGCCAUGGGCUGCCAUUACCACACCGAUCGGUCCGGCGACGCAAGACAGACCAAACUUCUCCAGAAACGGUUCUUUAACACGGGCCUUGCGGAAGUUGCAAAAGAGGAUCCGAAGUCGUUGACAAGUGUGACGACAUAUGCGCUCCUCUUCCUGGUCGAACUGGGUUCCAAUCAAGCGCGAAAUGCGUCAUCUCACUUGCGGCUGGCAGCCGAGAGCCUCGCUGCAUUGAAUAGAGCCGCUUUCGCCGCAAUUGCCACCGAGAUAACAGAGAGGGGCAUCCAUACUCUAUGCGCACUCUGGGUGUCACUCACAUACCAGAAGCCUAUGUCGGCGCUUUCCACGUCCCAUACACUCAGCCCGGCAGAGAUUCUCAGAAGCGAUGGAUAUUGGCAACCGUAUCGCUACUUCCAGGACAAAAGAACACGACAAGUUCCGAGCCAGGCGAUUGCAACAGCCGACGCAAUGACGAGACUCGGGCAAAUAAUACACGAUAUGGUCGGGGUGUACUGCGGACGUGAUGACAGCGUAACGGCUCGUUCUGUGAUCAUCUUGUGCCGCCGGCUCUACGAUUGGAAGCGAAGACUCCCAGUUGCGCUCGAGGUUACCGGCGACGGUGUGCCGCUAUCACACCCGCUGCCGCACGUUCUCUCUCUUCAUAUUCAUUACCACGUCGCCCUCUGUCAACUGUACCGGCCGAUACUCGAGCUUGCCGACCUCCCAGAAACCAUUCGAGCACAACUGUUCGGCAUCACGAUCUCAAGCGCGCUGGAAGGCCUCCAACUUCUAGAGCGGUACAGGAGCUUGUACACCCAUAGGUACCAGAGCCCACUGCUGGCAUUCUGUGUCAUUCACGUCUGCGAGACGUUGCUGCGGGCAGGCAGAGAUCAGAGGCGGGUAGUGCAGUUCGCUUUCGAAGCCACCCAUGAAUCCCUUGCCGGGUUCGCUUACGUUGGUCCUCUCCAAUUCAUACUCUGCCAGACGGCAGACGAAGAGGGCAUCAGUUUGCCGGAUGAUGUUCGACAGCUGAUGGGCGGACGCACGAGCUACGGGCCUGAGGAGAUGCUUGACGCGUGUGAGAGAGUAACGUUUACGCAGCCCUACCAGGUGCUCCGACAUCGCGUGGACCGUAACCUAGGGGUUGAGUUCGAACGAGAGUGGAAGCAGGCCUUUCUGGUCGAGGCCCAUGGCGCAGCAGGGACCAGCCAGUGGGUCGGUGGAGGGACGGGAUCGCGAGAGGCUGGACUAAUGGCGCAGCGGUCCGAAUCAACCAGCAGCUCUGCGUCCGGUGGCAGCAGCGCGCGGUCGAUGCAAAUCAACUCGGUGGUCAAUCCGUAA